CGCCCCGGCUCCCCGGCUCCCCGGCUCCCCGCUCCCGGAUGCGCGCGGGGCUGCGGAGUCUUCAGCUCGGCGGGCAGCGGGCGCGAUGUAUCUGCGCAGGGCGGUGUCUAAAACGCUGGCGCUGCCGCUGAGGGCGCCCUCCGGCCCCGCGCCGCUCCGGAAGGACGCAUCUCUUCGCUGGAUGUCGUCUAACAAAUUGCCUGGAUCACCUGGAUCAAAUAUGAUCUAUUAUCUGGUUGUAGGUGUCACAGUCAGUGCUGGUGGAUAUUAUACUUACAAGACGGUCACAUCAGAGCAAGCCAAACACACAGAACAUAGAACAAAUUUGAGAGAAAAAACCAAAGCAGAGUUACAUCCACUUCAAGGUGAAAAAGAGAACGUGGCAGGAGCUGAGCAAACAAGUUCCUCCGAAGUCUGCGUGGUGUCUUUCGCGGAAGUUCCGGAGGUCGAUGCCGAAGACGCUGCGUUCGCUACGUUUGCGGCCGCGGGAGAAGAGGCUCCAGCCAGUGCGGUGGAUGCGGGGGCUGCCCCGCCCGAGAGCGACGCCGUGGGCGCUGAAGUUGGGCCCGAGGUGACACACGCCGCGCUGGGCACCGCCGCAGACGCGGGCCCUGAAGUGCCCUCAGAGGCUCAGAAUGCAGCCUUGGCUGAAGCUGUUGCCGGAAAUGAUGACAAAGGGACAGCGGAGGAGGAGUGCCCUGGUGAAAAUGCUGAACGGGCAGAAAAGAAUCCUCCCGUUGAAUCAGAAGCCUCGACUGGGGAUGUUCUACCGGAGGAAGCCAGCGUCGCUUCCGACGCCACCCCGGCCCAAGGCUGAUGUCUUGCCGAUGGACACUUCAGCCAAAAAAUGCCAUCGAGUGUCUCAUAGGUGCUUUUGUAGUUUCGGUCAUCGUAGUUUUAAAGUAGGCUUCUUUGCUAGAAAACUUGAAUGUGCCUUGAAGAUUUUUGGUAUCUACAGAUAGAUUUGGGGAUCAAGACUUGAGAUUGUACAUGUCCGAAUAGUUUCCUGCUCUCUGAGGUCAGACUAUGACAUUGCAGUAAAGAGCUGAUGGAGUUCCAUCUUUGCAUUUAAGUUUUAUAUCAUAGGAAUUGAGCUAUCUGUACAAUCUGCAUUCACUUUAAUUUUGCUGUACCUGUACCUUAGUGUGUGUUAAUCUGGAUUCUUGAGUUUUGAUUUGAAUUCAUUUAAGUAAAAUUGGAAAAUCUGUAGUGCCUCUGUUUUUAUUUGCU